GGGUGUAAAAAUAGUCCUCAGCUCUUACAUCAGUGGGCUAUGUGUAUUAUUGGGUACUCGUCCUGUCCACGUAACAACAACCUCCUGGGUGUUCUUCACCCACACGGUGCACUGGACAGGGCAGUAGCCGAGGCGAAAGCCGUAGCAUUUUACUUUACUAGCAUUAUACUUUUCAAUGUAGGAAUAAUGAACAGCCUACAUAAGUUUGGAUAAUAAAUCCAGAUAGCAUCAGUAGAGUUCCGCAGCAUAAUGACCGAUUGUUGACCUUUGGCACGGCGCGGUGACAUGGAAGGGACAAAUACGCACGUCGCUGCAUAUGGGCUGGAACUGCUGCUGGUUCAGCGUUGAGAGCCACGGACACCGCCGGGGAAAUCGCCGCCUUCGGAUAAUUAUGCUGCUGCUGCUGCAACUACAACCGAAGGCACCGGUCAACCGAAGGCUGUCAUCAGUUUGUGUUUGUUUGUCUCUGCACGUUGAGAAAUGUGGAAUGCUGCGUUCGGAAAUGGGUCAGAUUUGCGUAGUGGAGGAGGCGGCGGCGGCGGGUACGUGCCAGCGCAGGACUGGGAAUUCGUUCCCUGCUCGCGCCUGGAAAGAGAAAGAGAGAGCGGCAGAGGGAAGAGUCGCAGCCCGUUCAGGACGUUCUCCUCCCCGCCAACAGCCACUCAGUUCUACGAACAGUCUCAUCCUGGAACGGUUGGAACGUCACUGGAGCUUCCUCGGGGACAAGUUCGGGCGCAAGAGCCAGGGACUCAUCACUCCCGCCUGAAAAAGAAGUUUGAACACUUAAAGAAACGCCACGGACAGGACAAGGAAGAAUGGAUACGAGAGAAGCGCCACGGACAGGACAAGGAAGAAUGGAUACGAGAGAAUGAGAUACUUUUAAGACAAGUUGCUGAGAUACAAGGUGGGGAGAACAGAAGGAUUUUGUUGGAUCUGAAGACUGUAGUGGAGGAGGUGCAGCUAGAGGUGAAGAGAGAGGAGUCGAAGAGGAGCGAGCUACAGCUGCAGUACACUAAGGACAGAUGUGUCUGGGAACUGGAGAGAGCUGAGCUGAAAUGCAGAAUCGCACAGUUGGAGGCUAGAGGAGGUCCUGUCGUUGAGCUGGGGCUGAGAACUCAGAGUCCAGAGCCCAGGGAGAGUCCUCUACAGCGGGGGGACAGAGAGCAGCAGAGGAGGCUGCUGGUGGACACCCACACGGCCGCCAUGGACCUGCGCUGUCGGCUGGAGCUCAGCGAGAAGGGCUGGGUCCGAGAGAAGUCUGAACUGAUGGAGAGAUUCAACUCUGAGAGGAAGGAGUGGGAGAGCCAGCUGGGAGACAUGCAGAGGAAAAUAGAGGAGGUGAGAGGAGGGGAGAGGAGGGGAGGGGAGAGCCAGCUGGGAGACAUGCAGAGGAAAAUAGAGGAGAUGUACAAGGAGGUGAAGGUUGAAUCAGAGCCCACCAACCAACGCGUCCACCCCGGUCGAAUCCACGGCAACGAUCAUUUCCACUGUCCACAGACUGGUUGGAUCACCGUUGUUUCUACAGAGGAUUUCCACUGUAACUAUGACGACUGUGUCGGUAACCAGGAAGUGGACAUGGCGGAACUGGAGGCCAUCCUGCGAGGGGCCCUGAAGGAGAUAGCCUGUGUGAGUGAAGAGCUGUGUAGCUACCAGGAUGAGAUCAGCAGGAAGUCCGGAGGGGACAAGAGUCAGGGCCCUGGAAGAGGAGAACUGGCUGUCCAUCAGGAAGGACCCCGCCAGGGGCCCCAGUCACCUCAAGGACCCCGACAGGGGCCCCAGUCACCUCAAGGAGCCCACCAGGGGCCCCAGUCACCUCAAGGAGCCCACCAGGGGCCCCAGUCACCUCAAGGACCCCCCCAGGGGCCCCAGUCACCUCAAGGACCCCGCCAGGGGCCCCAGUCACCUCAAGGACCCCACCAGGGGCCCCAGUCACCUCAAGGAGCCCCCCAGGGGCCCCAGUCACCUCAAGGACCCCGACAGGGGCCCCAGUCACCUCAAGGAUCCCCCAGGGGCCCCAGUCACCUCAAGGACCCCACAUCCAAGCCCUCUGAGAGGGAGAGAGAAGCACCUCCGCUCCCCCCUCUGCUGGUUCCUCCUCCUAUCCCUCCUCGGACAACAUCAUGGUACCUCGCCAGCCCCUCCCCUGAACUACAACUACACGUCCCAGAAUCCCUCAGUGGCUCAGGCAGGAAGUGCCACAGCCCCUGUCUCCUGUUAGACAGGAAGUGCAGCAGCAGCCCAUCGAUAGUGAGGAAGUUCGAGGCGAUGCUGCAGGAGAACGAGGGGAAAGUUCUGACGAAGGCCGGGUUUACCACCUGCGCUGUUCCCGUUAACUCCCAUUGCAACGUGGGCUGUUGCCACAACCGCUGGUCCUGCGACGGGAGCCGCUUCGGCAGCAGCAAGUCGUCCGCCUACGUGCCUGUCCAGAAGAGCCUGUCUGAAGUCAACAUAGUGAGUGCUGCUGGGAGGGACUUGAUCCACGACUACAGGCCCGUUGAGAAACCUACAAGUCCUAGAAGCCCCGAGAGAGAGAGUCCUAUACAACCUGAAAACAAAGACCUAGCAGUUUCACACAUCUGUCUUGACCUUACCUUAGAGUUACCCCCUUCAGGCUCCAACCCUCCAGACUCCAACCCUCCAGACUCCAACCCUCCAGGCCACAGUAGGAAUAUGAUGCUGGAACAUGCCACUGCUGAGUUUAACAGGACUCUCUUCCAGGCUGAGAUGGGUCGAGGGAUGGAGGACGAUGAUGUAGAGGACAGUUUUACAUCAGCGGGUGUCUCUAACAGGGGCAUACCAGACAGUACGACGGUAUGUGGCGAGGUCACACACGGGGUCACCAGGGAGACGAACUUUGACCUCCCGCCACGGCACGCCACAGAGGUCAGACAGAAGGAGGUGAUCUGUGACAUCACAGCUCAGAAGCUGAGUUCAGGGAUCAAACUGAGCCAGGCCCUGCCCCCAUCUGACCCUCAUCCAGGGGUCACCAUCAGGACCUUGGACCCCCCUGCCACCUCUGACCUUUCACCCCAACACCCAGAAGUUGCGUUUAGGAACAUGCCUUCUAACCCGGCAACGCGUUGCCCUGAGGUCAAACACAAAGCUGGACCCCCCAACAGCCUGUCUAAGCCCACACUGCACAGGUCCAUCUCUAGUGAAUACAAGCAGCCUGCCCAGACUACACACACGGCUCCAGGACCAGAGGUGAGUGCCAGUCCGAAGAGGGACAUCAAGGCCCAAGGAGGGAGGCCUCAUUCCGUUAAGUCAGGCCCAGCGCCCCAGCCUCCUACAAACCUCAGGCCGAGGCAGGUUGGGCAACCUGGGAGUCGCCCAACCACAACGCAGGACAUCCUUAAAGCUGGAUCUGUGGGGUCAGGACUCCGUGUCCCUGGGGGGUCAGGACUCAGUGUGCCUGGGGGGUCAGGACUCUGUGUGCCUGGGGGGUCAGGACUCAGUGUGCCUGGGGGUCAGGACUCCGUGUGCCUGGGGGGUCAGGACUCCGUGGUAAUGAGCGACCAGCCCUGGAAGCCCCUGACUCUGGCUGCGUUACGUCCAUCUGACUCCAGGUCUAAUUACGGAGCUGUGGAGAGGAUCCUGAAGAGCUACGAGAACACUGCCUGGAGCCAGCGGUACCAGAACCAUACCCAACCCACUGAGUCCAGCCCUGACCCUGGUCCCAACCUCAGUCCUAACCCUGGUCCCAACCUCAGCCCUAACCCUGGUCCCAACCUCAGCCCUAACCCUGGUCCCAACCUCAGCCCUAACCCUGGUCCCAACCUCAGCCCUAACCCUGGUCUCAGCCCCAGUCCUAACCCUGGUCUCAGCCCCAGUCCUAACCCUGGUCUCAGCCCCAGUCCUAACCCUGGUCCCAACCUCAGCCCUAACCCUGGUCUCAGCCCCAGUCCUAACCCUGGUCUCAGCCCCAGUCCUAACCCUGGUCCCAACCUCAGCCCUAACCCUGGUCUCAGCCCCAGUCCUAACCCUGGUCUCUGCCCCAGUCCUAACCCUGGUCUCAGCCCCAGUCCUAACCCUGGUCUCUGCCCCAGUCCUAACCCUGGUCUCUGCCCCAGUCCUAACCCUGGUCUCAGCCCCAGUCCUAACCCUGGUCUCUGCCCCAGUCCUAACCCUGGUCUCAGUGCUAACCCUGGUCCCAGCCCCAGACAGGAAGAGGAACUCAUGGAUCUUCUGGAGGAGAUGAUGGAUAAGGAUUACUGGGAUCAGUCAGGCCCUGCCUCUGGACACUCCUCCCACACACACUCUCACCACAGCCAGCUGACCAGCUCCCACAGAGAGACGAGGCUAACCAUGCAGGUGGGUACAGUGUUAAAACGCAUGAAUACACACACACACACACACACACACACACACACACACACACACACACACACACACACACACACACACACACACACACACACACACACACACACACACACACACACACACACACACCAUUGUGUUUAUUCUGUGGAAUAGUUUGACUUGUUGAUCAAACUUCUUCAGGCUCUCUAACACAUUUAAGUGGCAAAAUCUGCAUCCCAGAAUGGUUCCUAUGUGUCCUGGUUGGCAGUAAUACCAUCUAGGGUUCUAUUAAUGGUCCCCUAGUCCCUAUGGGUCCUGGUUGGCAGUAAU